AGAGUAUACUUUGUGCAUUAGAGUUAAUGUGAACUCUUCCUUGGAUACAGUACAUUUCUCCUGUAGUUUGUUCUGAUUUGCAGAAUUAUAGCACAAUGAGUUCAUCAGGAGAACCAAGUGAAGCUGGGAAUAUACUUUCUGGAACAGAAGUAGCCAAUGAAAUACGCAGUGCUCUAAAGAGCGAAGUAAGAAAAUUAUGUGAAGAAUUGCCUGGUUUCAAGCCUGGUCUGGCCAUCAUACAAGUUGGAGGUCGAGAAGACUCUAAUGUUUACAUUCGCAUGAAAAUGAAAGCUGCUAGUCAGAUUGGAAUAGAAGCCACUCAUAUAAAAUUACCAAGGACAAUCACUGAAGCAGAGCUUCUGAUUAAAUUAAAAAAUCUGAAUGGAGAUCCAAGUAUCCAUGGGAUAAUUGUACAGAUGCCACUGGACACAGAUAAUCCUGUAGAUUCCCACCUCAUUACUGAUGCUGUAGCUCCAGAAAAAGAUGUAGAUGGAUUAAAUACAAUUAAUGAAGGAAGGCUGGCUGUUGGGGAUCUAUCUGGGUUCCUACCGUGCACACCGAAUGGGGUCUUCGAACUUAUAAAGAGGAGUGGGGUGCAAAUUUCAGGAAGCCAGGCUGUCGUUCUUGGGAGAAGUAAGAUAGUUGGAACACCUUGUUCUGAAUUACUGAAAUGGCAUCAUGCUACUGUGACUGUUUGUCAUUCAAAAACAAAGUAUCUGGCCAAAGAGACAGCCAAAGCAGACAUUUUGGUGGUUGCUAUUGGUCAACCUGAAAUGGUGAAAGGUGAUUGGAUAAAAGCAGGUGCUGUUGUCAUUGACUGUGGAAUAAAUUCAGUGCCAGAUGAAACUAAGAAGUCUGGUCAGAAGUUAGUUGGAGAUGUUGCUUUUGAAGAAGCAAAGAAGGUUGCAUCUUACAUUACUCCAGUCCCAGGUGGUGUGGGUCCCAUGACAGUGGCUAUGCUUAUGAAGAAUACUGUACAGUCAGCUCAGAGGUCAGCUGCUAGGCUCAGAAGUACUGCUUGGAACUUGAGGGUGUUACCACUUUCACUGGAAACUCCAGUUCCUAGUGAUAUUCAGAUUGCCAGAGGACAAGAGCCAAAGGAUGUAAGUCAGCUGGCAGAAGAAAUUGGUUUGUAUCCCAGUGAGGUAUUUCAGUAUGGACACAAGAAAGCCAAGAUUGAUCUUUCAGUACUGAAGCGACUUGAACAUCAAAAGCCUGGAAAAUACAUAGUAGUUGCAGGAAUCACUCCCACUCCACUUGGGGAGGGCAAGAGUACAACAGUACUUGGUCUUGUCCAGGCUCUUAGUGCACAUAAGAACAAGAAUUCCUUUGCAUGUGUGCGACAACCGUCUCAAGGUCCUACAUUUGGGAUUAAAGGUGGUGCUGCUGGUGGAGGGUAUUCACAAGUAAAUCCCAUGGUGGAGUUUAAUCUUCACUUGACAGGUGACAUCCAUGCUGUAACAGCAGCCAACAAUCUCCUGGCAGCUCAGCUUGAUGCUAGAAUUUUUCAUGAAAAAACUCAAAGUGAUAAAUCACUUUAUGACAGACUUGUGCCUGAUGUGAAAGGGAAAAGAAGUUUCUCCAAAAUUCAGUUGAGGAGGUUAGAGAAACUUGGCAUCAACAAGACUGAUCCUAAUUCUCUUACUCUAGAAGAACAGAAGGCCUUUGCAAGACUAAAUGUUGAUGUUAACACCAUUACGUGGCAGCGAGUUGUUGAUACAAAUGAUAGAUUUCUAAGAAAAAUCACCAUUGGCCAGUCACCAACUGAGAAAGGUUUCUCUAGAGAAAGUGGAUUUGUGAUGUCUGUAGCAAGUGAAGUUAUGGCAAUUCUUGCUCUCUCAAAAAAUAUCCAAGACAUGAAGGAACGUUUAAGUAGAAUUGUUGUAGCUCAAGAUACUGAUGGAAAGCCUGUUACAGCAGAUGAUUUGGGUGCUACAGGUGCUAUGACCAUUCUGCUGAAGGAUGCUAUCCAACCAACACUGAUGCAGAGCCUGGAAGGAACUCCUGUUUUGGUUCAUGCUGGUCCAUUUGCUAAUAUUGCUCAUGGUUGUUCAUCUGUUGUAGCUGAUGAUGUUGCACUCAAACUUGUAGGACAAGAUGGUUAUGUUGUGACUGAAGCUGGAUUUGGCUCUGAUAUAGGAAUGGAGAAAUUCUUCAAUAUAAAGUGCAGAUGUUCAGGAGCAGUACCUAAUGCUGUAGUGCUAGUAACCUCAGUAAGAGCUCUAAAGAUGCACGGUGGAGGGCCGACUGUAACCCCAGGCAUCCCAUUAAAGAAGGAGUAUACUGAGGAAAACCUUGAAUUGCUUUCAAAAGGAUUGCCAAACCUUCUGAAGCACAUCAGUAAUGGCACAAAAUUCGGAAUCCCAGUUGUUGUUGCUAUCAACACCUUCUCGACUGACAAAGUGGCUGAGUGGGAGUUGUUGAAGAAGGCAAGCUUGGAAAAUGGAGCUUUCCGUGCUGUUGUCUGUAAUCAUUGGGCUCAAGGUGGAGCUGGAGCUACAGAAUUAGCUGAUGCUGUUAUUGAAGCUUGCAACCAACCUUCAGGAUUCAGAUUUUUGUAUGACUUGGAUCUUCCUCUGGAAGACAAGAUAAGAAAGAUAGCUCAAGAAAUGUAUGGUGCUGGCGACAUUGACCUAUCAGCUGAUGUACAGAAACUGCUUGAAUACUACAGUAAGCAGGGCUAUAACAAGUUACCAGUGUGCAUGGCAAAAACACAUCUGUCUCUCACUGGAGAUCCUGAACUAAAGGGAGCACCCACAGGUUAUAUUCUGCCAAUUAAGAAUAUAAUAGUUUCAGUUGGAGCAGGCUUUGUGGUUCCACUUGUAGGACAGAUUUCCAUGCUGCCUGGUCUUGGGACAAGACCCAUUAUUUAUGACAUGGAUAUUGAUGCAGAUACUGGUGAAAUUCAUGGUUCCUUCUAAUGAUAUCUUACAACAAAUAUCAUUAGUCUAUUUUGGAAAGAAUCUGUCAAUAUAUGCACUUAAAGUUAUACAAAUUUCAUAAGCUAUAGCAUUAAUAUUGAUAAGUAAGGGAAGUAGAUUCAGUGCAAUUGCUCACCUGAAGUUUGAUGCAGUUAGUUGAUGUUUUAACAUCUCUGUCUGGAAUAGAAUAUAUCAGGCUAAGGAAUUAGAUUAGUGUUAUGAGUUUGGAUCGUCAGAUUUUAUUGGUAGGAACAGGCUUCUUUUAUAGAAAAAUUGGAUAGGAAGUAGAUGGUGUUUCGAACUACUGUAUGGACUGUAUUUUGUUUUUGUUUUUUGGGUCUGAUAUGCAAAUAUUAUUUUUCAUACAUUAACUUUUAUUAAAUUUACUUAAAAGUUUAAGUGAAACUCUAACAGUAUAGUAACUAAGCUAUUGGCUGGGCUACUGGGUUUAGAUUCCUGGCAAGGAUAUUUCUCUUUUCCACCAAGUCCAGCAUGGCUUUGGGGCCAUCCAACAUCCUAUCUAGUGGAUACUUUGAACUCACACGUUGAUAAGUAUAUUCCUGUUUGAGAUUAUUUAAAUUUUUCUUACUGUGCAUUUCUUCAAGCUACUUGACAUAGUGUUAGCUGAGAAAAUAUGGGAGUUCAAGAAUAAAACUCAUUGGUUCAUA